AUGGCUUCAACGCCAAACAUGGACAGCGACCGGCCAUUAUCGGUUAGGGAGCUCACAGACCUGGGUUUGCAAUAUGACUUCCUGCCCCAGCUCCCCCUCAACCGGUGGUACCGGGCGGCUGAAGUUGUCUACCGGGAGGCUACCCACUACCUCCGCGAUGGGAAUACUCCCCAGGCCUUCAUGAUGUUCCAACGAUACUGCGAUCUCGUCAUGUAUAAGCUCAGAACACAUCCCGACAUCAACCUUCCCGAAUCCCGGCCUCAAUACAAGACCCUGUCCAAACGUAUCCCUGCCAUCAUAGAGCUGAUGGAAUCGAUGCGGGUUGAGAUUGAUGAAUACUACAGCAGAUGGGAGGCACGAAUGAGGGCUCAACGCCGUUCACAACCUCCGGCAAAGAGCACAAUCAGACUGGUGGAUCCAGCCCUGUCUUGGAACCACGCUUCGCCGGGGAGCAUAUUAGAUGCCAGGUCCAAUAAGGAUCUCGCCAUCGAAAUGGCCAACAAGGAAAGACUCCGGAGGAGAAAUGCGACUAAGAUGGCGCCCUCUCGGUCGUCUCGAAUAAUUUCAGAAGAUGAGCUGCAGCGCAGGAAUAUGGAGGCAGUUCGAAAUCAGUUGGACCGAUCGUAUAGGACAUCAGACACCAAUGACCGCUUACAGUCGACCAACUAUUCUUACCCUUCGAUCAAGCAGUCGGCUCCUCUUUCGUACGAAUCCGCUCCUCGACGCCCGAGUCCCCCCCCUGCUCGGCCCAUGCCACCACGACCUCCCAAGCAACUGCCCGAGCCAUCCCGUCCUCCCUCCGUUUCACCCCCUUCACGGCCCAGGAAGGAACUGGACACUGAAGCAUUUGUCACAACGAGGUCACAAUCUCCUGUUAGACCGCCUAAAGAAGCCCUCGAGCCCGCACCUGAGCCCAAGAGAAGGUACACAUUUAAACCUGAAAAGUAUUUAGAGAACGGUGACCCGAUCCGUUCAAUCUUUUUGCCGGAGUCGCUUCGGAGACGGUUCCUCGCUAUUGCCGAGCCAAAUACCAGAAGAGGGCUCGAAAUGUGCGGCCUCCUCUGCGGCGCCAACAUCAACAAUGCCCUUUUUAUCACACACCUUGUGAUACCCGAUCAGGAUUGUACCGAGAACACUUGUGAUACCAGAAACGAAGCCGACAUUUGGGAGUUUUGUGACAAGGAGGAGUUGAUACAGAUUGGUUGGAUCCACACGCACCCGACGCAAACAUGCUUCCUCAGCUCCCGCGACAUGCAUACGCAGGCUAGUUACCAAGCUAUGUUGUCUGAGAGUAUUGCCAUCGUUUGCGCCCCACGAUACGAACCUUCCUGGGGAGUCUUUCGGUUGACCAACCCACCGGGCCUACCGGAGAUGCUGAAGUGCCGAAAGACGGAUCCAUUUCAUCCGCACGAUGUCCCGGGCGAUCAACUUUACGUGAACGCCCUUCAGCCUGCCGGGCAUGUCAUCGAAGCGGACCUCAAUGUCGACGUUUGCGAUCUUCGGGGAAAGACAUAG